AUGUCAAACGGACUUGAGAUGAAGCUGUUGCUUGUGCGUCACGCGCAGUCGGAGAACAACAAGCUUCAGAACUCUAUCCAGCAGCUUGUCAUCCUGGGCAAGAAGAAUGCGGCAGAAGCCAAGCUUGAGUGGAUGGAGGUCAGACAGGCUGACCCGAAGCUCUCCGUUGAGGGUAGGGAGCAAGCAAAAAUGUUGGGAAUGAGAAUCAAGAGAUUGAUCAGGAAGCAUGAACGGAAAGGCGGGAGCGUCAGGAUCAUGGUCUCUCCUAUGCUGCGAGCUCUCGAGACUGCCAGCUUUGUGCUGGGUCCAAGUAAAAAAAUGGCCCAAGUCCGAACUGAGCUAGCGGAGGUAGGAGGAGUGUACUCUACCUCCAAAGUCACCCAAGGUGGUGUGCCUUUCAUCGAAAAGCGUCCUGGAAAGGCUCUCAGUAAGCAGAGCAUUGAAGCCAACUUUCCUGCGAUGUUCGACACAUCAAUGCUGGUUGACGAGGGUCCAUGGGAUGCUGGCCGAGGGUUCGAAAGCAUCACACAGUCGAUCACCCGAUCAAACAAGCUGUGCGCAUGGCUCCGUAGCCCAGGCAUGCACCAAGAGUUUGGGCCGAAAGAUAUGCUUGUUCUUAUCUCUCACUCAGAUCUCUUGGCUCUUUUACAGUCAACCCUGUCAGGCAACAACGUCGAAGAUUACCUGGACAACCCAGACCUCUCUGGCUCUUACAGUCGACGAUAUGGUAAGAAAGGAGAGCUUCCCAACGACUCCAACGUUUUCGUUGCCUUCAAGACCUCACCAGCAGCUACCACUCUUCUCGAUGUUCCACCCCAAGGCGUUCCGCAAGUGGUGUGGAGGAAUCAGAUGUCUCCUUCAGGUACCUACUUCACGUGA